AUGCAAUUAUAAAAUAUAUCUAGUGAAUAUUCAUUGGGUUUAUAAGGAGGAGCAUUUUAUUUUGGAACUUAAUCAAGUGGUUUAAUUAGAAUUGAGAAUUGUGUCUUUAAUUACAGCUAAGCAAAUUUAUUAAUGAAAGAUAAAUCAUAAGGUGGAACUCUUUUUAUUGAUGCAUCUCAGUCAGAUUUAAUUCUAUAAAUAACUAAUAAUAGUUUUACUAAUAGUUAUAGUAGAAAUGAAGGUGGAACAAUCUUUAUUGAACCUUCAAGAAACAAUAAUUCAAUUAUAAUUGAAAAUAAUAUUGUAGAGAAUGUAUUUUCAUUAUAGAAUGCAUUCUUAAAGCUUCCAGUUACAUUUAGUAGUAAAUCAUUGAUUUUAAUUGUUACAAUAUCUGAUAUUUAAAUUAAGAAUACAUAUAAUGGAUAUCUGUAAUAUUUGGGAAGAAUAUAGAAUCUAAAUACUUAAGAAAUAAAACAUUAAACUUAAAAUUAUUUAAUUUCAAUUGAGCGUGGUAAUAUUACUUUAAAAUAUUCUACUAUUUUUGAUAUUUUUGAUUAUGGUGCAAUAGAAAUUUUAGAAGCCAAUUAUCUUAAAUUAGAUGACUUAGUGAUUCAAAAUAUUACUAUAAUCAGUGGAAGCAUUCUUAGUUUACAUUUUAAUAAAAGUAUAUUAUUUUAAUAUUUAUUAGAAUAUUUGACAUCAAUUUAAAUAAUUAAUUUAAAAUUAAAGGAUAUUUCAGAAGUAAUUGGAGAUGUGUCUUUACCAAAUUAACCAAUACUUGCACUUCAAGAAUUAUUCUAUAAAUGCGAUCUUGUACCUAUUUAUCCAACUCAAUUAUAAACAUUAUAUGAUGAAUAAUAGUAAUUCAUUAUUAGUUUAUAUAAUUUCUAUGCAUUAAUAAAAAAUAAAACAAAUCCUAGUUUUAUUUUUGAAAUUGAUUCUAUAUCAUAAAAUCAUGAUAUAUUAAUAGAAAAUAUGAAUAUUUAAAAGAUUAAUUGUACUAAUUGUUAAAAGGGUUUAUUAAAAUUCACAAAUAUAGAUGAACAAAAAACAUAAAAUCUCAUUUAUUUAAGAGGUUUAAAUAUGAAGGAUAAUACAUGUGGUAUUUUAAGUUGUUUUGUAAUUGCAGCUUAUUCAACAAAUUAAAUUAAAUUAUUUACAAAUUCAAAAUUACAUAGAAUUUUAGAUCAAGUAACUGAAGAAUUUGAUUAAAAAAUAUCUACUAUAAAAAUAGAAUAAAGUUUGUUCAGUAAUAAUAAGGCUGAUUUUGGUGGUGGUAUUUUAAUAUCAGGUUUGAGUUCAAUCAUUUCAAAUUGUUAAUUUACAAAUAAUAUAGCAUCUUUAAUAGCAGGAGCUGUAUAUUUUGAUCAUUAAUAUGGAACAUCAUUAAUUGUAUAUGAUUCAGUAUUUGCAAAUAAUCAAGCAAAAGUUGGUGGUGCAUUAUAUUUAAGUGAAUAUUAAAUAAAUACUCCAGAAAAAUUGAAUAAUGUAUUUUAAGGAAAUUAGGCAACUUAUUUUGGUAAUAAUUUAGCAGAUUCACCUACUUAAUUGACAUUAUAAAUAGGAGAAAAGAUAAUGUAAAAAGAAUCAUUAGAGAACAAUUCAACUAAUAAGACUGAUAUUAUAGUAAUAAAACAAUACACUAUAGGAAGUAAAUAAUAUGAUUACAUUAUGUUACCAAGUGGAUAAGCUAUUAGAGAAUAUUAAAUUUUUGAUGAACAAACUUAAUAAUAUAUUCCAUAUAAUUUUACUUUUAGAAUAAUCCCUCUUAAUGAAGAAAAAAAUUAAAUAAAAGCUUUAGACGGUAGCAAGUGUUUUAUAAAGGGAAGAUAAAUUAUUAAUAAAUCAGAAGGAGAAUUCUAUAGUAAUUUCACUAGUAUUACAGAAGUUUAAUUCAAUACAACAAGUCAAGAUUACAAUUUAGAUUAAAUGAUUAUUACAUUCGAUCCUGAUUAUUCUUUAUAUGGCUAUUUGUAACUUGAAAUAAAUUGUGAUUCCAUUAAAAUUCCAAUAUUUUCAUAAUAACCUCCUUAUUAAUUGUAGGAAUAUUUCACAAACUAUAAAUUAAGAGUCAAUCUCUAAACCUUUUCUUGUUAAAGAGGAGAAUAUAAAACUAGAUAAGGAACAUGUAAAUUAUGUGAUUCAAAUUCUGAUUAGUAUAAUGUUAAAGCUGGUGAUUAAUGUUAAAUUAAAGAUUCAAUUAAAAUGUAGUAAGUUUCUUCAGCAAGAAUAAUGUUAAGACCAGAAUAUUGGAGACCUUUUGAAAGUAGUAAUAAAAUAGAAUAUUGUUUGAAUUUACCAGAAAAUUGUAUUGGAGGAUGGAAUCCUGGUAAUGAUUUAUGUUCAGAAGCACAUAUAGGAGCAUUGUGUGAAUAAUGUGAUAUGUAUAAUAUUAGAGGUUAAGGUUCCUAUUCUGUUAGUACACCUUAUAAAUGUGGAAGUUGUAAUGAUAUUGGUGAUAAUACUUUAAAAGUUAUUCUAGUUAGUGUUUGGACUAUGAUCUCAAUUUUAAUAUCAGUUAAAGGAACUGUUGAAACUGUUGAUAAAAUGGUUACAUAAUACUAAAUGUAAAAAUUCAAAGUAUUUCAAAAAGAUCCAAAAGCAGGAUAUGGAAGUGUUUUAAUAAAAGUGUUAACUAAUUAUUUAUAAAUUAUUGGAGCUCUUGCAACAUUUUAACUUUAAAUUCCAAGUGUUCUUUAAUCAUCUGUAAGAUCAGUUGGUAAUCCAACAGAAGCUAUGAGUUUUUCUCUUGAUUGCUUUUUAGUAAAUCUUGUUGAUAUUGAUAUCAUUUAUUUCAGAAUGAUAUGGGCUCUAAUUAUGCCCAUAAUAUAUAUGUUAUCAUUCCUGAUCAUUUAUGCUAUUACCAUCAUAAUUAAUUUAGCUAAGCCUGAUAAAACUGCACUAACAACUACAGCAAUCUAUUUAUUCACAUAUCUAUAACCUACUUUAAUUGGUGGAUUUAUUUCCUUGUUAUCCUUCAGACAAAUUUCCAAUUUAUAUUGGAUUCAAGGUAAUGUUUCUUAUAGAUAUGAUACUGAAACACAUUUCAAUUGGAUUUUAACCUUUAUAUUACCUUCCACCUUAUUUUUGGCAUUUAUAAUUCCAGCAUAUAUGUUUAUCAGUUUAUAUAAACAAAGACACAAUUUGGAAAAAGAAAGCACUAGAAAAAAUUGGGGUUAUUUGUAUAAUGAAUAUUAAGCUGUGGCAUAUUUUUGGGAAAUUGUUAAAGUACUUGAAAAAGGGUUUAUUAUUAUAUUUUUAACAUUCUAUGAGGAUUUGAUCAUUAUAAAAGGAGCUUUAGUUUUUAUAAUAGUUUUCAUUUAUUAACUAUUAACUAGAACUUAUAGGCCUUAUAAAUUGCCUUUCUUAAAUUUGGUGGAUGAAUUCAGUACACUAAUUUGUGGAUCUUCUAUUGUCAUAGGAAUGACCAUAUAUUAAUCCUAUUUAUCUGAUAAUUAGGAAAUUAUUUGGCCAUUCUAUAUACUUUUAAUAACAUUCAAUUCAGUCUUCAUUAUAAUUAUUCUUUGGGAAAUUGUUUUAGCGUAACUUGAUGAUUAAUAAGAAAAUCUUGAUAAAGUUAGAGAUUUGAUAAAUAAAAAGUUCCCUAAUCUAUAAAAUUCAAAUUGGAUUUUGAAAAGACUAUUGACCAACCGUGGACAACAAUAGAAAAGAAUCAGAAGAAGAUUUUAAAUGAUAAGAAGGUAUCUUAUAAAAUUAGUUCGCAAUAAUCCAGGAAUUUAUUAAUUACCUACUCCUAUUCAUUCAUAUCCAGACAAACCAGUGAUGUUUGAAAAUCAAGAAAAAUAACAGCUAUUACCUAAUCAUCAAUAAGAUAUUAAAGAUAAUACCUAAAUGGUAUAAAAAAGAGGAACUAAAAUAUUUCCUGUUGAUUAAGAUUAAAAAACCUAUGAAAGCAUUAGAUAUGAUGAUAAACGUUAAUCCCCUUGA